CCCAAACGAAGAAUAUACAACAAACGCGAAAAUGUCCUUUAGAGUCGCUGAUGGAGUUGGUUAUAAGAGGAGCAGGUCGCGCUCCCCGUCGUCCUGGCGUCGCCCUGAGAAAUUUCCUCGCCAAACGGAUGGCGAGAGCAAAGCGAAUGACCGUUCUCGAAAACCUCAACACAACAGUGUAUCUGGGAGGUAUCCGCGGAACAUGAAAGAACAGACCCAGUUGAAUCAACUUCAAGAAGAUGAAAAAAUGCGAGAAUGGGUUGCCCAAGAAGAUGAUUUCGUCUUGAAGCAGGCAAAGAAGAAAGCAGAGAUACGGGUGAAGGAAGGGCGCGCAAAACCAAUUGACUGGCUUACGAUCACUCUUCGAGUUAUAGAUCCCACGAGGAAUCCUUUGGAUGAUGAGAUAGCCGAUUCCGAACUUGAUCUAAUCGAUCCAGACGGUGUUUUCGAAGGGUUAUCGCCAAAUCAGCUGCGCGACCUGGAAGCAGAUAUAGACACUUUUUUGACACUGGAGAAACACCCUAAGAAUCGGGAUUUUUGGAAGACAAUGAAAAUUGUUUGUGGAGACCGUAGACAGAUAUCACAGACAUCCGGUCCAGAGGGUCGAGCUAUGAAUUCCGUCGCCGACGAUAUCAACAGACUUCUUAGCCCAAAGUCUUACGAAGAGCUGGGAGCGCUGGAGAUCCAAAUUAGGCGGAAACUAGACUCAAAAGAUCCUAUCGACACGGAUUAUUGGGAGCAGCUCCUACGAAGUUUGAAUGUUUGGAAAGCCCGUGCGAAAUUGAAAAAAGUCUACCAAGCCGUAAUUGACAGCCGGGUCGAAGGGCUUCGGAAAAAGCAAAGGGAAGAAGCAGCAGCCGUACAGAAGAAACUUACACCAUUAGCACCUUUUUUAGUAACAAGUGACGGCGCGCAGCGAACUGAUAUCCUGAAUAUGGAAAACUUUCUGGAGCUUGAUCCCGAGCCUCUUUUGCACCUCCGACCCCAUGAUAAAAACCUUGAUAUUUUAGAUGAAGAUGUGUUUUUGAGCAAGGUGGCCCUUGAUCGCCAGAAGAUCCUGAAAAUGGGAUUUGUCCCGCUGCGACAUCGCGUUUCGGAGAAACAAUCAGGCCUGGUUACCGCCUCUACUGUAGAUACUUCUGCAGCUCAAUUUACAUCUCGUUUUUCUGCGAUUCCAAAUGAAGAUUUCUCACAGGCAACAAGAGCAUUGUACGAAAGAGAAGUGGCGAGAGGGGUCAGUGAGAACGAAGAGAUUUUUGCUGGUGAAGAAGCCGUGAGUACAACUGCGAAGCCAACGUGGGCCAACAAGUAUCGACCUCGCAAGCCGAGAUAUUUCAAUCGCGUCCAGAUGGGUUAUGAAUGGAAUAAAUAUAAUCAAACACAUUACGAUUAUGACAACCCACCUCCAAAGGUUGUUCAAGGGUAUAAGUUUAAUAUAUUCUAUCCCGACCUUAUCGAUAAAACCAAGGCGCCGACCUAUAAAAUAGAGCGGGAAAACGGCAGGAAACGUGGCCAGUCAUUUGCUCCUGCCGGAGAAGAAGAUACAUGUCUUAUUCGCUUCAUUGCGGGGCCCCCUUAUGAAGACUUAGCGUUUCGUAUAGUGGAUAAGGAAUGGGACUACAGUGCAAAGAGGGAAAGGGGUUUUAAGAGCAGUUUUGACAAGAUAUAUUACCGAAAAUGA